CGAAACUUUCAAGUCAACCUUCUCAAUGUCAGUGUGUCAACAGUUGCGAAAAUCAUCGCAGAACUAUUUAGUGGAUAAUAUGAACGUGGUUUAGAUAAUAUGUAAGUGAAAACGUGUUUUUUUUAUUGGGUUCCUUAUUUAUUAGGGACAUGUUAUUGAAUUUCAAACUACCGAGACAUGAUAAUUUGAAAAUUACAACAUACAACAAGGUAGCUGCGAUAAAAUGGGAAGACGAAAAAAUCAUAAAAGAUCACGACAUAAACACAAUCUACAAGAUUCUUCUGGGCAAAUGUACGAUAAUAAAACCAACUUAAUUAAAAAUUCCUCUGUGGCUACAGGGGAAAAUCAUGAUUUGACCCUAGAAACGAGUUUAGAUGACUCUGAUCCGAGACAGUGUUCUCCCGAGUCAGUACUUUGUGAAUCUCAGCAAGACGACUUACUGUCCUACAAAGAUCUGAGUCCUCGCAUUGUUCCAAGAAUUAUUAAACGAAAGUUAAAUUUAGAUAUUCCUGAGAAAGACGUGGAGCAAAGAAGUUCGGAUUCUGCGUUAGCUGUCAGAUCAAGUGUUAGUGUCGAUGAAGUUAACCGAGAUUCCAAUCUCCACCCAAAUCACGAUGAAAACUUAUUAAAAACAAUAUCUGGUGAAAGACAUCUUCUUGAGUCUGAAAUACAUUGUCAACCAACUAUGUAUUUAUGCGAUGUGCAUGAAGUAUCGAGCACAAUGUCUCCUCAUUGUGAUUGGACUAUCGGAGACCAUAUGGCAGAUAAUACUUUACUGGGACAAAAGGAAAUCCAAGACGAAGAUGAUAUUAAUAAAAUGUUCCCAAGUUUAUUUGAAAAUAAACCAAAGAUUCCAACUGUGGAACAGUUAGAAUUUCGAAAAACGUGUUCCAAUUCAAAAAACCAGGAUCGUUAUCCAGAUAGUACGUCUCACGGUGUCUCUAAAACAGAGGCAUUAAAUAGAUCGCAACCUGUAUGUCAGAGUGACUUCUACUGGAUUCACUGUUUUGGCAAGACUAGGAAUAAAUCUAAAAUAUGUUCUCCAUUCAUGAAGAAAUGUCGUACCGCUUUGACAUUUAAUGAACCUAUACCACUAAAAUUGCCUGUUACACCAAAUUUUGACUUGACAAGACUUGCAUCUACUGACACUCUAAUUACCAAAGAAGAAUCUGCAAGGAGUUUACAGAUGUCUUGGAAAACAUCUCCAGGCUCAGCAACGUUUGUAGAACUGCCAACAGUGGCAGAUUCUGAUUUAAAAACUCCAGUGACGGAGUCACUGGAAUCAUUGUGUCAAAAUUUGUAUGCAAGCUGCGUGCAAAAUGCAGUAUGUUUGAAAUUAUCGAAACAGCAUUGUGAAAUUCUGAAAGCACCCUUCGUUAAAUUGAUAGAGUUUUGUGCGUGGCUUUCUAAGAAACUAGGUGUGCUUAUAAAAGGGGGCUGCAGGAUAUUCCGACGAAUGGUUCUGUCCAUUACGAUGUCAUCUUCAAGUAGACGUUUAAUCGAAAACGAACUUACUCACAUUGUUAGCGUGAUAAAGUAUGAAAAUGAAAAGACGAUGUCGGUUCUUUCAGAAAAGAUGAGUCAUUUGUCGCAAGAGCUUCAUCAGACUCGAGUAUCCAGUGAAACAGCAUUGACAGCUCUGACGACGGAAGUACAUUGUAUAAAACAUGUCAACGACGAAUUAUUUAAGAAGAGCAACAUCUUAACGAAGGAAUUGAAAUUGCUUCAAGAAACAUUACAAUCUGCACUUACAAGGCUUGAAACACCAAUACCUGCUCAACCUUCAUCGCUGCCACCACCGCCACCUCCACCGCCACCUCCACCUCCGCCACCUCUUCCACCACCGCCACCUCCACCACCUCUUCCACAAACAUGGGUCAACUCAAAAGAAUUCGCAACACCUUCUAGUCAUCACAUGAAUAUUAGGACGCCCACCAGAAAGUGUUCAACACCAUUAUCGAAUAGGCCUGCUAUAACGGUGGAAGAUCUAUUAAAAGUUACUCUAAAGAAAGCACCCCAAAAUGUUAAGGAAAAUCGAAGCAACACUUCGUGUGGUCCCAAAGGCCCUGUCGUCUCUCUUGACAUGCUACACAGUGUUAAGUUGAAAUCAACGCGGCGCAGAUCCGCCAAUGGUACUCUGAAAUCACCCAGAAGUUCGUCACGCUCUUUAAAGACACGCCUGGAUCCUAGCUUAAGUCUGUCACCAAUAAUGGCAGGCAAGGAAAACUCUCUUGGACGGAUCUUGCGCCAACUGGACCCCAAUCGGCGAAGUGAAAAACGUGCCCUUUCAAGUCCAACUCACAACGAAAAUGACUUGCUUAAAGAUAGUCCUCAUACCUUCAAAGAACUAAAAUGUAGUAAAUCUCAUUCGGUGAUUCCGUAAAUCUUUCGCUCCAUUUUAUUGGGUCACUCUUUUUAAUUUGCCUUUUUAGACAGGGCAUUUGCAAUGCUGACACGAUUUCCAAGGGAUCAAAUGCGUUGAAAUGCCCAUAUUGAAAUAUCUCAAUUAAAGGUCGCGGGUCUGCAUUUUUAUGGUUUGGCCAGUUUGACGUUGUUAGAACCGAGGGUUUUGUUAAACAAAAACGUCUACUGAAGCGAACCGAUAUUUAUCAACUUUCUCAAUUGACUAUGACUUUUUGAAAUUUGGUUAAUCUAUACAAUUGUUGAAGUAAAUCUACAGAUGACGUCUUGUUAAAAUCUAAUAAGAAACAACUUAUAAGUUUGUGCCGUAGUGAAUUCACAUGUGAUUAAUUAUUUUAUAACAAAAAUGAGAAUAACAACGCUUUAACGGAAACAUGCCUUACCGAACUCAUUGAUAGGUCUUACAGGCCCGAAACCUAAACUAAUAUUAAAGGCAUGUAUUACACGUCAUUUAUUUUUUAGGAUUUAGUAUCCCUGGCGGACUAUUAAUCGAACAAAGGUUACUUUACUUUCUUGUCCUCAUUCCUUCAUAUUAGAAAGAGAGAUAACAAUUGUGACAAAUAAAAACCAUCAACAAAGUA